GACGGAACUUCAAUCUACGGCUCUUGUCUCAUCGCGCAAACCAUGAGCUGCGUACUAUUAGCUUUCAUAUAGUCCAUCCUACGAUCUUCCCCAAUAUCACAAUAAUAUUCUACCUGCGGCAUCGACCGCAGCAACGAACUCGCAUCACCUGCAACACCAACACGACCGUGACAUCGUGAACGCGAUGAACUACAUUCGUGGCGCUGUGAGCGCAAUCAGUGCUCCAUACCAGUACUAUAAAGACAUUAACCCAUCUACCCUGACUGGAGCUAUCGACGUCAUCGUCAUUCGACGCCCGCCAUCACCAACUCUAUCUGCUAGCUCCGGUUCACAGGAGAACGACGUUUACGCCUGCUCUCCAUUCCAUGUCCGUUUCGGUAAGCUCCAAGUACUCAGACCUGCUGAAAAGAAGGUCAACGUAUCGAUAAAUGGCUCGCCCAUCCCGUUCAGCAUGAAAAUAGGAGACGCUGGGGAAGCAUUCUUCGUGUUUGAGACGGAAGAAGAUAUCCCAGAAGACCUCGUUACAAGCCCUCUACUCUCUCCGACCCCAGAACCAGGCGAACUUCAGGGUGACUUUGAACAUGGAAGAACUGGAGCUAAGCCGGGUGGAGAAGAGAAGUCAGAUCUGAGUUUACGGAUGCAGGAACCUGAGUUUCUCGACUUGAACGCAUCAUCGUCUGGGUUGAAACAUCCCAUUCCUAUUCAUGCAGGCGCGAAACCAAAGCUUGGCUCGAGUAGCGCUCCUCAUACCCCUCCACCAGAGGAACCUUUUGUACAACCAAGUGAUGUGCCCGGUCCAGAUGUUCAAUACAAAGCUGAUGUCGCGCUUGAUAUGGAGGGAUAUCAUUCUGCUCAAGCACCCGACGCGUCUUCUGCACGCGUAUCCCAUUCUCAAUCUCCAGCCCCAACUACUAUCCCCUUCCCAUCGACCAGUCUUCCAGUCGAUUCCCCUCUGAGCAAACACCCCUCAUCGCUUUCCACAACUACGUUUCCUGCCUGCCACCCUGUUUCAGAGUCCCAAGAAGAUGUCCCACUUCCUCAGUACUCCUGGGAAUGGGGCGCGUUCCCCCAGCCCUCACCAAUGACGACACAUUUCUCAUCUACCCACUUAUUGCGCAUGGGCACUGUGGAUGAACAUGCGUCAUCCGAUUUUGAUGCUGAAGAGUUUUUGACGCGUAGUAGGAGUGUCCCGCUUGAGCUCGAAGGCAGUCCACAUACCAUUCGCUCGUCUCUACCACCUCAAGAUGAAACACAUACUCCCGAAGAUGAGCAAGAACACGACGUCGGACGUGAUCAGCUUCCACUUCCACUCCCUGAGCACAGAUUUGGUUCGGGUGGUGUUCUUACCACAUACCCAUCUGACUCACGUACGUUCCUUGUUCACAUCGAGGGCCAAGCGUUGUCAUUUUCUCUCUCACUUGUACCUACGUCAAAGCGCGGGAUCUUCCAUGGGAGCGAUGAAGUGGAAGUUGUGCGUCUAUUUGAGGCGGGGAGAAUUGACUAUAGGCAACUUGUCUCUGAGGAGGUGGUGAUCGGGGAGGUGAGGACGAGAGUGGUAGAAGAUGAGGGGUUGGUGAUCAAAUGGGCAGGUGGGCAGUAUAUCACGAGGGAAGAUGGGAGCCCGUUGAUGGAUGCUUUGAGGUUAUGGGUUGAGAAUGCGCCGAAGGAACCAUCGAGGGCGAUGUCGGAGCCUCCGUUGGCCAUUUCAGAAUCACGAGACUUAGACCAGAGAGAGGAAGAAAUGGUCAGUAGUGCCGACGAACGAGAACCGGUAUCGAGUGGGGACGAACGAGAGAUGAAGCGUGCGGAUUCUGAACCGCCAGAGACGCACCGGAAACCGACGUCGAGCAGUUGGGUUAGAUGGUGGGUUCGAAGCCGGGAUAUAACAGAGGCUGACCGACCUCCUUUGAGGGUGUCGAAUACUUCCCCACUGGAAUCUUCACUGCCGAAACCUGCUCCUCUUGUGGCUCGUCAUCUGACGUUUCCUCAAUCUGUGUCAGCCCCUCCUGCCACACCCGCUCCAGGCAUCAUGGAGCCCUUGAGUAAGGCAUUGGAGGGAAAGAUCGCGAGGACACAAAAGAGGUAUGCCAAGACGCUGCGCUUGACCUCUGAUCAACUGAAAUCCCUCGACCUUAAGCCUGGUGCUAAUACCAUCACAUUUUCCCUGUCUAAUUCUACCGUGCCCGCAUGCACAGCGCGGAUAUUUGUAUGGGACUCGACUGAUCUUGUCGUCGUGUCUGACAUAGAUGGUACAAUCACCAAGUCCGAUGGACUUGGCCACGUUUUUGCUAUGAUCGGUCGGGACUGGACGCAUUCCGGUGUUGCCAAGCUAUACACCGAUAUCAGGCGCAAUGGGUACAAGAUCAUGUACCUUACCUCACGAGCUAUCGGACAGGCGGAUUCUACGCGCGACUAUCUCAAGGGUAUCAAGCAGGAUGACUAUCAGCUUCCUGAAGGCCCUGUUAUCAUGAGCCCCGACCGGUUGAUGGCGUCGCUGCAUCGCGAGGUGAUCAUGCGGAAGCCCGAAGUAUUCAAAAUGGCAUGCUUAAGGGAUAUCCAGCGUCUUUUCGGUGAGAGCUCGCGCACGCCGUUCUAUGCCGGGUUUGGGAACCGGAUAACGGAUGCACUGUCAUAUCGCAGCGUGAAUAUUCCGAGUGCGAGGAUCUUUACUAUAGAUUCCUCUGGUGAGGUCAAGAUGGAGCUCCUCGAGCUCGCAGGGUAUAAAUCAUCGUAUAUACAUAUGACUGACAUUGUGGAUCAGAUGUUCCCUCCGAUACAUCGAAAAUGGGCAGCGGAGUUCACAGAUUUUAAUUACUGGAAGACGCCAGUCCAGCAAUUCGCCCUUCCUGACCUUACACCUCCUUCCCCUGCCCUGAGCGCGCGAUCAGAUACGUCUAAUCAGAGUGCACUUGCACGGUUACGCAACUUCAGCCUCGUCGGACGCAGACAAUCGCGGGACAUGUCUCAGUUUUCACUUCCACCGCCUGUGAUAGCGCGCGAAGGCACGCCGGGUCGAACGAUGGGCCUGCGCAGUACACAUUUGCGGCAGAUAUCAUCUCUGGAACGUCUCAGCGGUAGACUGGUAGCGCUCGCGCAGUCAUCUCCAUCUAGUGGCGUAGAUUCGCGCUCGUCAUCGUCGACGUUCUUGGAUUCUGAUGAAGAGGAUGUAGAUAUGGAGGACGGGAGUGUGCGGAAACGGCGUCCAAGGACCACGAGUAUGACGAGUAUGCCCGGGUCAUUGGAUAACGAGCAAUUUGGAGUGGACGGUAGGGAUGAGGACGAGGAGGGGUAUGGCUAUGGAUACGAUGGUGGAGCGGAGGGUGGAGAGAAUGAGGAGGAGGCUGCUGAGGAGGCGUUUGAUGAGGAUUUUCUUGCUACGGGGGAGAUGAAGAAUGUACCGUUUUUGUGAUGCAGGCGAUGGGACCUUGGUAGUGUAAUCUGACAAGGCAUUGAUAUUUGAUUUGGAUAGAAUCAGGGACGGCAGAUUACGCAUGUAUAUUGAUAGCACAUUUGAUAGAUGUGAAGGCUUUUGUGUCGACAGCUGUUCCGACAAUGUCAGAUCUCACAGCGUUGUAACGGGGAGCCCUGUGCAAGAGCCGGUGGGACGCAGAGAGGCUAGGAGAGCAGGCUCGGAGUGAGCAUGAGACGGUUGUGAGCAUCAAGAACAGAGUGGAGAUCGGGGUCUAGGCGGCUACACAGCCUGGAUGUACUCAUACUUUUACCCAUUAUGUAUGUAAGUCACAUUAGGCCAAAAAGAGAAACU